AUGGCUGGCACACCGUUUAUUGAGCAAGACCGGGACCAAAUGUCAAAGCUCAUGCAAUCGCUGGAGCAAUACAGAAAGGAACAGCACCGUGGCAAGGCGUCCGUGAAGAAGACUCCGUUCCAAGUCAAGGAAUCACCAAACAACAUUACAGUCGACUCGUGGCGAUUUCAGGAGUGGGACUACAAGCGACGAGACCUGCCAAUAUACGCCCGUGGAUUGUUCACCACCAAGACACGCAAAAACGGUCACGAGAUUGCUGUGCGUGGCUACGACAAGUUUUUCAAUAUUAACGAAGUCAACGAAACGAAGUGGGAAAACAUAUUGGCAAAGACUCAAGGACCAUACGAACUCACACUCAAGGAAAAUGGCUGCAUCAUCUUCAUUGCUGGCCUCGAAGAUGAGACCCUCAUUGUUUGCAGCAAACACUCAACCGGAGACCGUGGUGGUGAACUCACGCACUCCAAGGCCGGAGAAGCUUGGAUAGAGAAGCAGCUUCAGAAACUUGGCAAGACGAAACAUGACCUAGCACGAGAACUCCGACAGCGCAAUGUGACCGCUGUUGCUGAACUCUGCGAUGACGCCUUCGAAGAGCAUAUUCUGGCGUACGGGCCAGAAGACGCCGGUCUUUACUUGCACGGAGUAAAUCUCAACCUGCCCCAAUUCAACACAUACCCCAGCACAGCGGUUCAGAAAUUCGCAGUAGACUGGGGCUUUCGCAAGACCAACUAUCUGGCGUUUGAGGAUGCCAACAAGGUCAAAGACUUUCUCGAAGAGGCUGCCAUCACUGGAGCCUACGACGGUCGUGACGUAGAGGGCUUCGUUAUCCGCUGCAGGAUGUCAGGUAACCCUGAUAGUCUUCCAUACCAGGAUUGGUUUUUCAAGUUCAAGUUCGAGGAACCGUACCUCAUGUACCGACAGUGGAGAGAAUGUACCAAGGCAUUGAUCCUGGGCAAGCCACCAAGAUUUAAGAAGCAUGUUGCUAUCACCGAGGAAUAUCUUCUAUACGCGAAGAAGCGCUUGGCUGCUAACCCUGGGCUGGCCAAGCUCUACAACCAAAACCAUGGAAUCAUCGCCCUUCGCAACGAGUUCCUCAAGUACAAGAAUAUCAAGGGUAGUGAUGCUGCAAAUAUGGAUUGUCCCGACCUGUCAGAGGUCACGAAGAAUGUUGUCCUGGUACCGAUUGCAACCAUCGGGUGCGGGAAAACGACGCUUGGUCUGGCAUUGACAGAGCUGUUCGGUUGGGGACACAUUCAAAAUGACAACAUCUCUGGAAAGGGCCGACCACCUCGAUUCACCAAGGCAGUACUGGCGCAGCUUAAUGACCACCCCGUUGUGUUUGCCGAUCGCAACAAUGCACAAAAGCACGAGAGAAAGCAAAUCAUCUUUGACACCAAGACUCAGCACGAGACUGUUAGGAUGGUGUGCCUCAACUUUCGCCAUAACGAAGAAGCUCUGGAAGAUAUUCGACAGGUGACACGCGACAGAGUCAUUCAACGCGGCGAUAAUCACCAGACAAUCCACGCCGCUAGCGAUGAGCAAAAGUUCCUCGGGGUCAUGGAUGGGUUCCUUGGUCGCUUUGAGCCUUGUUCCCCAUUUGCUCGCCCAGAUGUAGGAUUCGACGCUUUCAUCGACUUGAAUCCUGUUGCAGGAAGCCGAGAAAACCUGGAAACAGUGGUGACAAAGCUUCAUGAAAUACUUCCCAACGUGGUCAAGGAAGUGCCGACGGCUGAUCAGCUGGACCGGGCAAUUGAGUCGGCGCUCGGCUUUAAGCCAGAUUUCAAGCAUGAGAUUUCAAACAGGGGUGGUAAGCAACCAGCGAAACAGCAACAUAAGAAAGAGAAGAACAAGCCCAAGGAGUUAGAAUACAUGUCCAUCGCUGUCCCAAGAAAUAGUGUCACUAGCGCGCUCGACAAAGCAUUUGCCUCGUGCGACAAGGAAGUAUCCCGCAGCUACAUGCAACUCAAGCAAACACGCCGAAUACAGACAGACUUUCACGUAACGCUCCUACAUAGAGCCAACGCAAAGAGGUUUCCUGUGCUCUGGCAACGCUAUCUUACUCUGCACGACACUGCUGGUGGCGGAACAGGAAAGCUCGGCGAGUGCGAUGUAGUCUUGGAGAGGGUUGUUUUUGAUCAACGAAUCAUGGCGAUUGUGGUCCGAAUCGAUGACAAGUCCGGCACAUGGGAAUGCGCGAAUCACGUGGCGCAUAUUACCAUUGGGACAAGAGACAGUACGAUCAAGCCCAAAGAAAGCAAUGAUCUGUUGGCAAAGUGGGUUUAUGACGGUCCCGAUAGUGCCAUUCGCGAGGUGGUAUUUGCAGACAAAGUCACAGUGUCGUGUGAAGUUCACUCAGUUCUAUCGCGCUGA